CGCCUGCGCAGCGUGGUGUUUGUGUAUUCUGGCUGCGAGGCGGCGCUGGCUCCGGGGGAAGAUGGCGGCGUCCUCGCUGGAGCAGAAACUGUCCCGCCUGGAGGCCAAGCUGAAGCAGGAGAAUCGGGAGGCCCGGCGGAAGAUCGACCUGAACCUGGAGAUCAGCCCAGCCCGGGCCCGGCCCAUUAUUGUGAUCACUCUAAGCCCUGCUCCCGCUCCGUCCCAACGAGCAGCCCUGCAGCUCCCCCUGGCGAACGAUGGCAGCAGCCGCUCCUCCUCUUCGGAGAACUCUCCCCAGCAUCAAACGCACCAGCCGCGCCCCCGCCACAUGCUGGGCCUGCCCCAGCCACCCUUCCCCAUUCCCAGGAGCAUGGAGAGUAUAGAGAUAGAUCAGAAGCUGCAGGAAAUCAUGAAGCAAACGGGUUACCUGACCAUAGGAGGGCAGCGGUACCAAGCAGAGAUCAAUGACCUGGAGAACCUGGGCGAGAUUGGCAGUGGGACGUGUGGUCAGGUGUGGAAGAUGCGAUUCAAGAAAACAGGACACAUCAUAGCCGUGAAGCAAAUGCGUCGCUCAGGAAACAAGGAGGAGAACAAAAGGAUCCUGAUGGACCUGGAUGUGGUGCUGAAAAGCCACGACUGCCCCUACAUUGUCCAGUGCUUCGGGACCUUCAUCACCAAUACAGACGUCUUCAUUGCCAUGGAGCUGAUGGGCACAUGUGCGGAGAAGCUCAAGAAACGCAUCCAGGGACCCAUCCCAGAGAGGAUCCUGGGGAAGAUGACAGUGGCAAUCGUCAAGGCGCUCUACUACCUGAAGGAGAAGCAUGGCGUCAUCCACCGAGACGUCAAACCCUCCAACAUCCUGCUAGACGAGAGGGGGCAGAUAAAGCUGUGUGACUUCGGGAUCAGCGGGAGGCUGGUGGACUCGAAGGCCAAGACCCGGAGUGCGGGCUGCGCGGCGUACAUGGCGCCUGAAAGGAUAGACCCUCCUGAUCCCACCAAACCAGACUACGAUAUCCGAGCGGAUGUGUGGAGCCUGGGCAUCUCCCUGGUUGAACUGGCUACCGGUCAGUUUCCCUACAAGAACUGUAAAACGGACUUUGAGGUGCUCACCAAGGUAUUGCAGGAAGAUCCUCCCCUGCUCCCAAACAACAUGGGCUUCUCCGUGGACUUUCAGUCCUUCGUUAAAGACUGCCUUACUAAAGAUCACAGGAAGAGACCAAAGUACAACAAGCUACUUGAACACAACUUCAUCAAGCGUUAUGAGACACUGGAAGUGGACGUGGCGUCUUGGUUCAAAGACGUCAUGGCCAAGACAGAGUCGCCCCGUACAAGCAGCAUUCUCAGCCAGCACCACCUGCCUUUCUUCACCAGAGUCAUUGUGUCUCGGGCACCAGCGAGCCGAAGAAGACAAGUCCCUCUCCAUCUCUGUCCCAUGUUCCCUGGAUGGGAAGCCUUUUUCCAACUUGGCUCUGCAUCUCCAGCUGGGUGAGAGAAGGCCCCUUUCCAGCCUGGCCCUGCAUCUCCAGCUGCUUGGGAGCCUGCAGCCUGCAUCCCAGCCGGAUGAGAGAAGGCCCUUUCCAGCCUGGCUCUGCAUCUCCAGCUGGAUGAGAGAUGGCCCCUUCCAGCCGUGUCCUGUGUCUCGAGCCAGAUGAGAGAAGACCUGUUCCAGUCCUGGCCCUGCAUCACUGGCUGGACAAGAGAAGGCUAUUUCCAGCCCUGGCUUGCUUCUCCAGCUGGAGAAGAGAGGGCUCUUCCCAACCCUGUCCCGCAACCUCCUUCAGACAAGAAGGCUCUGCUGGGAACCUCAUACUUCCCUUGGCCCGGAGCGGUGGCGCAUCACCGGUUUAUGCCUCUCUCUUCACCCCUCCUGCCCCCCGAGAGACAUGGGGAAUGGGGAAGGGAGGCUGGGACCCUCACUCACGCACUGUGAACAAAGACACAUGACAAUUUUUUACUCCUUAUUUAUUAAGUUUGGACUCUGCGGUGCUGCGGGCUUCCUGCCAUGCCCGUCCGCCAGCCACCUGCAUUGUUGUAUGUCUCUUACUUUUCUCUCGUGGUUUGGGAUUGUACUGGGGGAGGGGAAAGGGUGAGGGAGGGGCACACGGGGCGUGCAGCUUCAGACUUCACCUAGGAGCUCAGCCCUUGCCCUCUGUUCAUUUCAUUUUAUUUUGCCUUGUGGGUGGGGCUGGGGUGGGUUUCGGGAUUAUUCUUGCCAGAAGCAGCUCAGCUGAAGUGAUUUAUGCUGAUGAUUUUUUUUUUUUUUUAAUCCUGUUUUUGAUCUCAGGGGUUUUCCUGUUUCCUUUUUUCCUUCUGGAGUGCGAACAAAAGUUUUUUGUUUUUCUUCUGUCCGCGGCUUUGUAUUUACCAAAGUGAUUGCUGGGCUGCUGAGCACUGGGAGAACACGGCUGCAUGUUGUUUUUCUUUUGCUAUUUAAAAGGAGGGAGUGAAAGUGCAAAAAAAGAAAAAAAAGUUAAUUCUAGGGGGUAGAAACAAGUGUUUGCAGCCUGCAAUCUCCUCCCACCGCGGCAGCUGCGGAGUUGUAAAAAUCAAAGACACUAAUGAAACUUGAAGUUGUUCUUUUCCCACCACCUCCUUCCUUUAAAUCUUGUCAGAGCCCUGGGUUUAUUCAGGCUUGUCCUGGGCUGGUGGGAAGGGCGUAGUGGCCAGCAGUGGAAUGGUGCUGGUUCAGCACAGCUGCUGUAAGACAGCCCCUCCCGUUUGGCUUCUCAGGAGCUCUGCAGGGGUGUGCCAGCAGACGUAAAUCAGUGCAGCCGUGACAACAGCAGAGCUACGCUGGUUGACAUCGGCCGGAGGAGCUCAGCCUGGCUCCACCAGUCUCCCCGGUUGACGUUUGCUGAGGAUUUGGCUGAUAAUUGGUUGCAUGUCACCUCUUUGGAAGCCUGGGGGGUGUCUUGGGGAAGGGGGCUCCGGUCAGAGCUUUUUGGGGGGCUGUUGAUUGUUUGGUUUUUCACUUUCAUUCUGAUUCGCUGGGGAAGGCAGGUGCCCUCAUCAGCUUUGGGAAGCAGGAGGUGAGGAGCAUAAUCCUGAAAGCCUGUGGGAUGAGCUCCGGUCUCCAACCUCCCUUGACCCAGCCUUCUGACGAGACCGUGUAGCUCACAGGGGCUGCGGUUGACUUUCAGCCCAUUUUUAGCAGAGGUCUUGGCUUUUUGCCUCCAGAAGGACUUGGGUUUGCUUCCUUUCCCAGCUGCCAACUGGAACGUGGCAUGGGCUCCCCUCCAGCAGGUUUGGGUUAGGCUCACCAUUUCCCAGCUCCAAGCAGGAUUGGGCUCUGCACAGCCCUUGCUGCUGGCUGGGAGAGCUGUACGUCGCUCUGACAGUGCCCCAGGUGCUCAGAUCCGAUGAUGAUGGGAAGUUGCUUUACAAAUCCCAGCCAAAAAAUAGUGACACGGAGAAGGUCAGGUGCCAAGCAGCUUUGGGCUCCAAGGUUCCUUGAGAUCCUGAGUCCGGCUGGCAGCUGAGAACCAUAUUGCACUAUUGGCCCCGUUCCUCCAGUCCAGCGAUAGACAGAAACCUCCUAGCAAGGGGGCCCACAGGCUGCAGGGUGGCACCACUCAUCUUGCCCGGCCUGUUUUUUUCUGUCCAGCACACUGAAACCACUUAGUGCCCAUGGUUCUCAGAAAGGGAGGUGGAGCCUGGGUGGGUGGAAACAUGGACACAGCUGCCUGGCAGUGCCUUGCACAGUGCUCUGUUCUGCUCUGGGUGGGGUGGACCGGGGACAGUAGUUAAGCAUCGGGGUAAAGGAAAGUGUGUAUAUUGGGUGGGUAUGGGAUUGCUGGCCUGGCUCUGCAAGGGGAUGCCAGAGAGCAUCCAGGGCAGGAGGGUGGGCAGAGACCAGCAAAGUGCCUGCUUUAUCUCGAGCAUCAGGAACAGAGCAUUCUGCUGUCCCCACAGGGUCAGCAGGAUAGGGAGGUAGGAAGGAUCUUCAAACCCAAAUGCAAGUUCUGGCACAAUACAUCGCAGAGCCCCUCUUUCCCCACAAAUGGGAGCUGGAUGGGAGAGACACCCCCGCGCUAAUGUGGCAGCAAGGAAACCUGUCGGACUGUUGGGGUGGGAGGAAGAGGUGCCCCUCUGCCUUAGGGCGGGGGUGGGGUUGGGGGACAUGUCUCCUCCUUGGGUCUCCAGGGAGAGCUUACAACUGUUUGGUUCCUCAGUGGUGGAUAGCUGUUAAUAAAACAGAGGAGGAGCUGAGAGCAGCUGGCACAGGGAACGAAGGGAGCCCUGGCUUCCGACACCCAAAGCUAAAUCAGAAAGGUUGUCAAAGAAGCUGUAAACGCAGUGCAGGAUACCACGUGUGGCCAUUUCCAGGUGGCUUUCUAGAUGCCCUGAAGAUUAGCCCUGGCCCAAGCCCUCCUUUGCUACCACCUCCCAUCUCUUCACAGAGGACUUAGCGAAGACUUCCCGCAGAACCCAUUAGCCACAGUCAUUCCACCGCUCUGAGGAUCUGAAGCCUCUGGCAUGGCACUACAGAAAAGCACAGCACUGCCAAGCCUGUGCUACUCCAUCCUUGCAAAGAAAAUAGCCCUUGGGAGGCAUUAAGGAGUUGUUGGUGUUGAAUCUGGUCCUGCCAGUCUAUUUCCCCUCACAUCUCUCCUUCUAAGAGUCACCAUUGCCGGCAAUCACUGGAGUGGACAUUUGCAAGCGCAUCCUGCAGUUAGAUCAAUACAGUUAACUCAUCCUCACAAUGCAGUUGGCAUGGAAUUUCGUAGCUGCAGGUGGAAAUUAUGGGACCAGCUGUAUCCUCAGGAAUCUAAGUCCUAAGAGCUAUAGAUUUUGGCUUGUUCUGUUUCUAAAUGUGGAAGAGGCCCUCAGUCUGAACAGUGAGAACUUUGUUCCAGUGUGGAUGCAGAAUAGACUCAGCAGGGUCCCAACUCUACUGCCCUGUGCUAGGCCCAGGGCGAAAGGAGAGAGCCCUCUGGUGGCCCUUUCAGAAGCUGCUGCUGAUUGGUGUAGUGAUGUGUUACAAGACGUAAAGGGAACUAGUUCUCUAGCCUCAAGGACUUGAAGUCUCAGGCAGACAAGAUAGAUUGGGAUGAGACAUGGAAUGACAGCGAAAGGCAGGCCUGGAGGGAGCAUUGUUGAGGGAAAACGAGAGAGAGGAUUUCUGGCACAGAAGAUCGGAGGGAUUUGUUACUGUAACUAGGAAAGUGCGGGGAGGCUGUUGGUGAACUUGGAAGCAAAGUAAGUUGGGGAUGGCGGUGAGUUUUAGGGAUGCUUCGGUUUGGAGGCCGAACAGGUAGCGCUGGGCCUGCAGUCUCGGCUUAGUGAAGAAGUUUCAAAAGUUGAAGAGCAAACUAGGCCAGAGAGGGCUGUGCAAAAGGGAGAUUAAAUCGGGGCAGGGAGCAGAGUUUUAUAGGGGAACCCGGCAGGUCCCCAGUAGGAAGCUGUGGAGUGUAAAGCCAUGUUUUACCCUCCAUGGGUUGGGAGGCACUUGUGCCUUGCUCUAACUCUUGGCCCAGUGUCAGUCAGUGACAAUCAAACCACUUACCACGGCAGCUGAUAUUUGAAGUUGUGGGUUUGAGUGACAGAAGAGAGCGUUAAGUGGGGUACUCAAUAUAGCAAUUUGGCCAGUGUCCGUCACUCCCUGGCAUUAGCAUGUUGCAGGGACUCCCAGGAAGGUUAUUGGACACUGGUUGUACCUGCCCCUGGAGCUACCUUUCCAUAUGAUGCACAUAACCUCUUCCAUGCCAUUUGCCACAUGUUCCCAAGAGACCCAAGCAAAGGCCGCUCCGCCAAGGGGAUGCAUUUGUUUUUGAUGUCAGGAGAAAGCUGUUGAGGGUGUUGCCGAGUGGGAGAGCAUUAAAAGGAGGGAAGAGAUUUUCAUGGACCAGACAGGACAUGUUGGCUGGAGGUCCAUCUACUGUGGAACUGGAGUGCCUUGGAUGGGCCCUUGUAGCAGAAGAGGUGGAAUUUUACAAUGCAAAUAUCCUCUGGAGAAUCCAGCAUGUUAUCCACACUGAAGGGAAGGCGUAAACAGCUGAGUCUCAUUAACUUAACGAAAAGAAAGUUUAAGAGGUGGCUGACCAUGGUCUAUAAGUACCUAUUCAGGGAGCAGAUUUCUCAAACCAGAGGGCUCUUUAAUCUAGCAGACAAAGGCAGAACGGGAUAGAACGGCUGGGAGCUUACGAAUUCCACCUGGAACUCAAGGCCCACCUUUUUAAUGGGGAUAGGGAUUAAUCAGUAGAACAGCUUGCCAAGGGCUGAGGUAAGAGCUCCACCGCUUGGAGUUUCUAAUUGCAGGCUGCACGUCCAUCUAAACAACGCCCUCAAGCCCAACCACAAGUCAGUGGGCUGGAUGCAGGAAUCCGUGGGUUAGGCUCUGCCAGGUGGCCUGAUGGUCCCAUCUUGCCCGAUAGUCUAUGAAUAGCCGAAAGGGAAGUAGAUUGCAAGUGGGUAAGGAUCGGGAGGCCCAGCACACAGCCUUCUGCUGGUUCAGUGGGGGUUUCCGGCAGCUUGGCAAGGCACGUUGGGAUGGGUGAAGAGCAGAGGUGAGAAUCAGAGGUUCGAGUUAGAGCGCCAAGUGAAAUGCAGCCCGUGCAGGGCAGAGCAGCAGGGACGGAAUGUGGGGGAAUGUGCCUUUGGAUGGUAGGAUAAAGUGGAAAUGGUGAGCAGAAGCAGAGAAGGGAUUAGUGGAGAAGUAAUUGCAAUUGACUCUUGGGGAAAUGAUUUAAAAUGCAUUAGCAGGAAGCUGCCACAGAGUAGUGUCAGUGCAAGGAAUCUGGCUCUUUGGUGUAUCCAACUAGCGAUACCCUCUGGCGUGGCUGAUUGUCUCCAGAUCCAGAAUUUAGGAAUUCUGUGCCUGUGUAUCCAAUGAAGCAUCUAGGCUGAUCCUAUGGCAGAGAGAGGUUUUUGGCGGGAUCCGAGCAGUACCAUGAACAGCAGAGCAGCAAAUGCUGCCCGUGCUGCAAGAUCAUCUCUCAAGGAACUGGUGCAGUCGCCUUAAGAGGCUGUAAAUCACUCCCCAGGCGAGCUUCGAAUUUGACGAUCACCCAGAAAACAGCCACCAGAUCCGAAGAGGCAGAAGUUUUCAGGUUGGGUUCUUGUUGCUGUUCAAACCCCUCUUGCUCUGUUUGAUUAACAGCCACAGCAGUAGGUUGGCUCCACCCGACAGAUGCUGAUGGUCAAUAUUUACCAGGUAGCCCAAGAAGUCUUCAACCUAGUGACAUUAGGCGUGCAAGGAUUUGAUUGUAUAUGAAUUUCAGCCGACAGAGAGCCAGAGUCCACUAUUGUCUCAACCCCUAAUGUUCAAAAGACAUGGAUCAGGCCCUUCAAAAUAAUGAGAUUAGCUUAAAAAUCAGCUGAUCAUUUUGGGUUUCUUUUCAUUUACCUUCUGGCUUUUGAGCCUUUAGCGGGGGUCUCACUUUCAAGCUUUUCUAGGGCUAAUAACUAAAGGAAAGCGGAGAUUCUCCUGUAAUCACAGGAUUCCAGGAGCUGAGAGCUUUAAGAUACCAAAUAUUGCAAUAAAAAUACAGGCUUGACGACACUGACCUGAUCCUCAGCUACUGUAAAUCAGCGUCACUCUAUUGACUUCAGUGGAGAGAUGCUGAUUUACACCAGUGGGGGAUCUGUUCCCAUUGACUCUAAUGGAAUGAUGGCCAUUUACACCAGCUGGAGAUUUUCCUCAUUGACUGCAGCGGAGUGACACCAAUUUACACCAGCCAGGAUCUGGUGGAAUCUGUCUUUGAUUUUUAACUACUAAGAGUCAGAUUUUUUCAUGUGCUCAGCUCCCCAAAACCAGGGCCAAGUCUUCAUCAGUGCACCUGUGUAGGCACUUACCUGACAUGACCACUUGUUCCGUGGAUGCUGUUGGGUGCUGAGACCUUUUGAAAACCCAGAUGUUUCAUUUCAGUGCUGACAUGAGAGCUGAGCCCUUUAAGGAAAUGUGGCCUUUAAGGCAGGUCUUUUCAAAGGAGACCCUUGGCUCUCAGGUUCAGGGGCCUGUUUGCUAGAUGCUGCACAGACACACAGUGAGAGACGGUCCAUGUCCCGAAGACCUCACAGUCUAAAUAGCCAAAAGGUGGGUGGGGAAACUGAGGGCCAGUGACAGAGCCAGGAGUAGAACCCAGGCCUCCUGAACCCCACUCCAAUGCCCCAGUUAGAAUCUGAUCCUUCCAACUCUACCAUUGGGGCUGACCCUGCCUCAUUAAUGUGUGUGAUUUCAACUGGGCUGUUAAUAUGGGCCUCUCUUCCGCAGAGCAGUUCACUGCAUGCUUGGCUCUUGCUGGUUUUGUGCGGUGCCGUGCUGAACUGGUGUCUUGAGUGAGGGUUGCUAGAUCAAAGCAGUUAUCGGCUAAGUGCUGAGACUGGAUCGGAUCCAGGAUUUUGGAAAGGCAUCACAGUUUGGGAGCGGGCAGGGGUUUGCGAAAGUACUGGCUUCCAAUGAGGGGUUGUAACCUAAGAGUUUGCAAAAUUGCUUCCAGUCAUCUUAGAAUCUCUGACCGGUAGGGGGCGCACUCCCGGUCCCUUUCACUUCAGCUGAGAUCAGGCCCUGCCUCUUAAGGGGACAGCCCCACUUUUCACUCAAUGUUUCUGACAUUCCCACGGUGAUAUAACCUAAAUUGAACACAGACCCCACGGUAGGGAUGGGGUGGGUGGGUGGACGACAAAGGCUUUUUCGAUAGUUUAAAUGUUGGGAUGUUUUUUCAAGGAGAAGAAGAAUUGCCAGGAUUGGGGGGAGGGUAGAAAAAUGCAGUUUUAUUGCAUUUUUUUAAAUUAUUUUUUUAUGUUUUAAUUUAGAACAAAUCUCUGUUAAUAUUAUUUUAAUUCGGGUGGUUACGUGUUUUUUAAUCGCAGAUCUGACAUCUGCUCUUAUUUUAUUAUAUUUUUUCUGUGUGUGUGGGAGGGUGUGUGUGUGUGUGUGUGUGCAGGUGUGUGCAUGCAUUGAACUGGGGAUUUUAAAGAAAACAAAAAACAAACAAAAAAAUUCAUGCCAAAGGUAGGGCAGAGAAUAGCUGGAUAGACAAUUAUAUUCUAGGUAUUAGCAUUUGACUAUAUUAUCUAUAUAUUAUAUUAUAUUAUUAUAUUAUUAUAAAUUCGCAUGUUAAAACCUAAUAGGCGUAACUUCUAUCUUAUAUGGAAAGAGACUUAGCUUUUGAUUGCUUGUACAUUCAGUCACUCAUCUGUCUUGAUUCUUGGAGAGCUGACUUGAAUCUAAUAAGCUUUAGUAGUUUCCCCAAGGUGGGGCUACUGGCUUUAUACCUUUUAGUAGCCACCAAAAAAAAUUGAAAAGAAAAAACCUUGGGUGUAAUUUUCAAAAGCCCCUAAAUAACCCAGGAACCUAAGUCUUAUUUUCAAAAGUGAUUUAGGCACUUAGAGGCCUCGUCAUCAUUGAAGGUAAAUGGGCACCUUGGGCACAUUUGAAAAUGGAGUAUAGGCGCUUUUGAAAAUUGAACCCGUUGUCUUUUAAAAAGGUGUCAUUUGGCCAAAGUUGAAUAGAGAGGUCUGGAAGCAGAGUGACUGGCAGUCCUAGAUCACGACAGCAAAAAUCAAUUCAGGGUACAGGGGGCACCACCAAUAUGUGUCUUUAAGUUUCUUGCAGAGCUGGCUGAUUCUUGAAUCGAAAUCCACGCUUUACCAUUAAUGUUACAGCUACACCAGGAUUCUCACUGGCCAGCUGUUUAGCUUUAAGUUUGCUCAAAUAUCCCUUUGCCCUUCCCUCUUCACUCUCAGUAGUUGCAGGAAAUCCAAACCUUACAAAUUAUUUAUUGGCCAGCAGAAAUUUUUUGCGUGCGUUUUAUGUGUCCUUUAAAUGUAUUGUAUUUUUUUUUUUAAAUCUUCCCCCUUUACUUUCCUUUCCAUGGGAUAUAUUGAUAUUUAUCUACCGCGCUCUCUCUCUCUCUCUCUCUCUGCUUAGAGCUGGUAUGUGGAGUGAGGAGUAGGCGGUGGCAUUUUAUUGGGGAGAAUUGAGCCAUCCAUAAACUCGGGAGAGAGAUUUCCUCUCUCGUGAUUUGGCAGCUCUACAAAUAAAGUCAGAUGGUUUCCUUUUAUUCUCUCACUCUGCAGUGACAUUUUAAAGAAACGAUUAUCAUAGAUGGGAGCCAAAAAUCUUUGCCUCUUGAAAGAUUUUCCUAGAGUGCCAUGAAUGGAUGUGGGGGCGCUUGAAUGCAACGUGGGAUCUGCUUCCCACCUUGGAAACUCUCUGAGAGGCUUACAGGCUGACAGCUCAGAAGAAGGGGGAGGGGAGUUAUCGGGGAGCCAGCCUCCCACUGAGUGUGAUGGGCUCUGGGUCUGGCUUGCGGCGAAUGAGGGCCAGGAAACAGUGGUAGCAGGUAUAGAGGGCAGCAGGGAUUAGCACUGAGUGGGAGGAGCAAGAGUGUGGAAGUAGAAGUAGCUGGGGUGUGUGGGUGUGGCCAGGAUGUGUGGGAGGGGCCAGAGGAGGAGCCAUCACCUUCAGCGAACAGUGCAAUGGAUGAGAAGGGUAUCUAAGCAGGGAGAAUUACGUCCCCAAGUUGGGAUUGUAAUGAAUGCUGAGAGCCAGAAUCCAGCAUUUAGGCCACGGGAGAGGGGGCUGGGGGUUGUCAUGGGUUUCCCCCAUCUUUUCUUGAGGCAGGAAACACCGGCUCCCACUUCCAUUCUCUGGCAAGCCCAGCAUAUGUUCAGGGCUUUUUUGGUAGUGUAUUAAUAAUGCUGGGUUUUUUACACUGCGAUUUAAUAUUACACCAGUGUUUGAAAAAAAGCCAUUAAAAUAGGGGUUGGGGUGGGUUUUUUGGUUUUGUUUUGUUUCAUUUUGUAGCAGCUAAAUGUGUUAGAAAUGCCAAAGCAUUUAAAGAUUUUAAUGGGGUGGGGCAAAGAAAGGGGCACCAUGGCAUUUUCAGGGCAUCACCUGGUUUAUUAAAGCUGCCUUGGAUUUUGUCCAGUGUAAAUUUCUCCACCCGCUUCCCCUCCACCCCCCACCCCCUUGACAGGGUAAGGAGAGUUAAACUGCGCCUCCUGUUGGCUGAGUAGAGGAAUGUUCUCAGGUAUGAAGCUGAUCUCCGCUCACAGUGCUGGCCUAAGGCCUCAGAAUCACAAAAGUCACACUUGACCCCUAUGUGAACUAGGAGUCAGGACUCCUAGAUUCUGUCCCCAGCUCUGGGAGGGGAGUGGGGUCUAGUGGGUAGAGCAAGGGAGCACUAGGAGUCAGGACUCCUGGGUUCUGUUUUGAGUUUUGGGAGGAGAGUGGGGUCUACUGGUUAGAGCAGGGGGUGUCGGGAGUCAGGACUCUUGGCUUCUAUCCCCAGGUCUGGGCUCUAGUGAUUGCAGUAGGGGGGACUAGGAGUCAGGAUUCUUGGGUUCUGUUCCCAGCUCUGGGAGGAAAAUGGCAUCUAGUGGUUAGAGCAGGAUGACUGGAAGUCAGGACUCCUGGGUUCCAUUCUUACAAGGAGCCUAGGCCUUGUGACGAGAUCAGUUUCGCUUUGUGUGUGUGUGUGUGUGUGUGUGUGUGUGUGGGUGUGUGUGUGUGGUUAUGAUGGCUUGCGAUUUAUGCGACGCUGAAUUCUUUCCUAAAUCCCAUUAUCUUGAAGGAGGCAAACUCUCAGCCUGCAGCAUUGGGUCGUGCAACGUUCAUUCCCCUUUUUGCAACUGUUAAGUGUGCUUCGUGACUUUCAAAAGGGCGAAUCUGCGUCAAAGGGGCAGUGGAAGGGAGGAGUUUCCUGCGCAGAUAUUGUUAAAAAAGUAUCUUUUGCUAAACUUCCGUCUGGAAGGCUGCAUCUUCCCUAGGAAACCAGGUGUCUUAACCCAUGUUAAAUAAGAUGCCAGCAGCUUAUAGUUUUCACACUUGUUGGUAGAUUGAGGGGUCGCCUCGACCUUCUGGUUUGUGUGAAAACUACACAGUGCUUUGUCUUCCCUAGGAUCUUACCUAACAUGGAUUAAGAACACACCUUGUUUCUUACUGAAGACACUGCCCACUGUCAGACAGGGCGCUGGGCUAGAUGGACCAUUGAUCUGACCCAGUAUGGCUGUUCUUAUGUUCUUAACUGAUGGAGCCCGUUGGGUUAAUAGACCUGUAGAGCACCAGUCCCAAGCUUGGAAGGAGCGCUCUCUCCCUUCCGAAUUCAGGAAUCAUGUUGACAUUUUCACGAAUUGUGUGUGUUAUUCCUGAGCAUGGGCAUCUUACUUGGCUCUCCCAAGUUGCCUGUAGUAACUUGACUGGUUCUUAGUCCCCUUUUCUCCCUCAGUCGUAGUCCAGACGACAUGUCAAGCUUGUUGUCCCUCUGCUACCCACCAAGCUGGUCUUGUUAAUCUCAGUGGGUUUCUUGGAUUUAAAAUAAAAAAAGAGAGAGAACAAAAAACCCACAAAAUAUUUUAAAAGGAAAUUGUUGCUUAUUUUAAUAGUUUUUUUUUUACUCUGUUUGUAGAAACCCUCUUAGAAGCUUGAAAAUAAAAAAUUCUUUCCCUAAA